AGCAAAGGAAGAAAAGAAAAACAUGAAAGGAAGAAAGAAAAGAAAAGAAAAGAAAAGCAAUAAAGAAAGGAAAGAAAAGAGAGGAAACAAAGACAAAAGGUUCUCAAAACUCCAUGAUUAUUCAAAUUCUCUCAAAAACAGUACCAAGUAAUAGUAGUGUUCCCCCUACUUAAUUAAACCAUAGGGGAGGACCUCUCAAAGUUUCUACAAAGACCCUGUUUGGGCUGGAUUGGAACAACAUCAAGAAAGAGAAAGAAAAGUUUCUUUUUUCUUUUCUUUUGUAGAGAGAUCUAUCAAAGAAAGAAGGCAUGAAUAGAGGUGUCUUGCAAAGCUCACCGGUGCAACAAAUGAUGGCCGGGAACCCUAACAACUGGUGGAACAUCAACACCAUGCGCCCUCCUCUUCCUCAAGCUUCUCCUUUCUUGUCCACUCCUUCCAAUUUUCUAUAUACCCCCUCUUCUUCUCUUCCUUUUCCUUCUUGGCAUGAUCAGAAUCAAGACCUACCCGAGUCAUGGAGCCAGCUUCUCAUGAAUGGGCUGGUGUCUGAAGAAGACAAAGGAGGUAUGUGCCAGGUUCAGUCUAAGAGGUUGGAGAACUGGGAGGAACAAAUGUUAAGUCAAGCUCCAAGUGCUCCUCUUGUUGAUGUUAAGCAAGAAAGCUCGGUGCACAGCUAUGUAUAUGGACAUGGAAACGAAGAUUUUCAGGCAGCAAAACCAACUUGGUCUCAAAUAGUGCCUGCUUCUUCUACAAAAUCCUGUGUAACAAGUUUCAGUAGCAGCAUGUUGGAUUUCUCUAACAAUAAGACGGAUGCUAGGCCUCCUCCUCCGGAUCCAUCUUCAGAGUGCAAUAGCACUGCAGUUGGUGGGGCAUUCAAGAAAGCUAGGGUUCAACCGUCUACAACUCAGUCGAACUUCAAGGUUAGGAAGGAGAAGUUAGGUGACAGAAUUACAGCCCUCCAUCAACUCGUUUCCCCAUUUGGAAAGACUGACACGGCAUCUGUCUUGUUAGAAGCUAUUGGGUAUAUUAGAUUCCUUCAGAGUCAAAUUGAGGCCCUUAGCUUACCAUAUUUGGGCAGUGGAACAGGAAACAUGAGGCACCAUCAAUCUGUAAGAAAUAAUAUCAACCCAUUUCUGGUUCAAGGAGAGAAGAAUUGUAUAUUCCCUGAAGACCCUGGUCAGCUGCUGAAUGAAAACUGUUUGAAGAGGAAAGCAACUAGUGAGCAGGAUUCUCAAGAAGAAACAAAGAAGGACCUGAGGAGUAGAGGGUUGUGUCUGGUUCCAGUGUCAUGCACGCUGCAAGUUGGAAGUGAUAAUGGAGCUGACUAUUGGGCUCCUGCUUUUGGCGGGGGAUUUCGGUAGAUGGAGUUAAUUUAUUGCGUUAGCAUAUAAUAUAUGUGGCAACAUACAAAGAGGCAAGUUCAUGGAAAUUGUACAACAUCAUUAGCAGUCAAUCUGCUACAAAACCUAAGGCUGAUUGCUCAUGAUGCUAUACGGCAUUCCUGAAUAAAAUGUAUGCUGCCAGGCAAGUAGUAUAUAUAUAUUUGCAAGCCCUUGUUAAGACUCCUUAAUUCAUGGAAAUCAAGCUUUUAUUUAUUUUCAUUAGCUUAAUUAAUAGGACGUACGAUGUUAAAUUUCCAUGUAUAUAUGCAAUAAUUGUAUGAUUAAUUUGAAUUCUACUUCUUUCGAAGUAAUUGAACAAGAUCAGGCAAG